CUGAAAUUCAGCACUGCUAAUUUUUCACUAUUCCAGCGACUUGCCAAGAUUCACGGAUGGUCUUUGGUGGUGGUUGGCGAUAUUAAAACACCACAUAACUGGUCCUUGGAGGGCGUUCAUUACCUUAGUGUCCACGAUCAACGAAGUUUAGGUUAUAGCAUCGAAGAGGACAUGCCGUACAAAUCCUAUACAAGGAAAAACAUUGGAUACCUAUACGCUAUAGAGAACGGCGCAGAGUGGAUUUAUGACACGGACGAUGACAACAAACCUUAUGGUACUGUUUCCACUUUUGAGGGGAAUCAAGGACAGUCGAGAGCAAAACAGGGUGUCCGAUUCAAAGGAAACCAUACCAAUGAUCGCGACCAAUUCUGCCUAUGUCACAAGAUGCGUACGGCUGCGAUACAGCAAGGUCUCGUACACAAGGAUCCUGACGUCGAUGCUAUUUAC